AUGUUGCACCACUUGCACCCCAAGGGUGCCCAUAACUCUCCACGGAGAUCAAGCAAGGCAGUGUCAUUGGGGACAGCCAAUGCGGACCGGAAACGAAGAGCCUCGUCUUCGGUGUCCAGUGUCUCGUCGGUUUCAUCGCUCGAUGACCUAAGUGAAGACGCAAAUGAUUCGGAAGAAGAUGCUGAUGAUGAAGAGGAACGGCCGUCUGUUCGCGCCCCGUCUUAUGGACGCCGUGACAAGGCCCAUAAGACGGGGCCCAAGCCUGCUAAGAAAGCGAAGAAGAUGAGAAUGACACUGGAUGAUGAUUUUGAUGGCGACUACGACGACUCGUUUGAGAGCUCGGAUGAUGUUUACGCUGCUGUUGACUACAUCAGUGAUGGUGAUGAUGAAGAGCAGGACGUGGAGAAGCUCGAGGAGUUGCUUAUCGUAGAGUCCGAAAAAGAAGAUCGUGUCGGUGGCAUGUUCUCCGCCCCUGAGUCGAGCAGCACCAACGACUGGGCCGGCUCCGGUGGGUUUGGUGAUCACAUGCUUCUGUCGACGGCCUCGUUCUUUGAUGAGGACCAGCUUUAUGGUGCCAUGGAGAACUUUGGCGAGACCGACUUGGCCAGUGAAACCGCUGUGGAGACACCCAUGCAGCGUCGUGUUCACUUUGAAGAGCACUCCGACUCCUCAUCUGACAGUGACUCGCACACGGAUGAUGAGAUCCCCGGGGACUUCCUCCAGCAGGAUAGCUUGGAUCCCCAAUUACGUCGUAUGAUCGAAAGCGACAACGAGAACUCCCGUCACAACCGCCGUCAGUCCGAUGAGAUGUUUGCAGACUCGGAUUAUGGCCAUUCGAACAUCUACCACGUCGAGUCCGAUGCUCAUUCGGAGAAAUCCGAGUCGAGUGGCUAUGAGACCGAUGAUGGUGAAACCACAGACGAAGACCUCCCUCCUCCCGCUACCAUCACACACCCACGGUCCAUCCUCCGCCGUGACUCCUCUGCUUCAUUGGCUCCCCCCUCUGAUGAAAAGAGUGAGCCCGCCUCUCGCCGGCGUGGCCCGGUCAUGGGAACAUUUGUUGCCGACCCUAACAAGCCAGUUGCCCUGGUGGACUGCACUGGCAAGCACCUGGUAAUCAUCCCUGCGUACGCUUCUUCUCGCCAUGAUUGGCUUGAAUCCGCCACAAAUAGUAUCAGCGGCACUGCCAACAACAGCCCGCGUGCGACCACUAUGCAUCUUAUUGAUGAAAGUGACACGGAUGCUUUGGCAUCUCCGAACCAUGCUGAUUUCAGCCCCAUGCUGGCCUCCAGUGCCAACCUGAUGAUGACCGCUCUUGGAAAUGACAUUGCUCCGGGCGGUCAGGUCAUGGGCCCCCCUGAAGCUUUCUACCCAUCCCGGGACUUUGCCAUUGACAGCUCCUUUGAGGAUGAUGACGACGAGGACCCAGAGUCGGCCUUGAAUGUCGAUGACUUUAUUGAUUUUGGCGAUGGUUCAUCGGAUGAGGAGAGUGACUCGAAGCCCUUUGAGGAUGACGCACUCGCCUCUCCUAUGGCUCCUGCACCUAUGCAGCCAGCGGCCGGCACCCCUACUCCUAACCGAUUCGGAGAAGCCCAACCGGAAACUAGUGCCGAGCGCUUCCUGAACCAUCUUGACCGGGGCAUUGUGACAGCGUUCCGUCGCAACCACAACCGAUACCAGGCGCUGCUGCGUCUCCCCCAGCAUCGCGAAUUCAUGCCGGCCAAUUCUCCCUCCCGACCGGCUAGUGUGUUUAGACAUGCCAGACACGCUGACCAGCGUACACCUACACGGAAGCGUAAAGCCAACGGGUACGCGGGCGGCGAGGCAGUCCGACGAAAGCUUAUGGAUGCGCAGCGACGCAGCCAGCUUCCUUUCUAA